AUGGCUACAAAUCCCGAAGAAAAUAAACCCCAAGAGGAAAAAGAGGAAGAAUUACCACAAGAAAUUUUGCGUGCUAGCCCAGAAGAUAUAAAUAACCGCACGCGGCUAUUGGAAAAUGAAAUAAAGUUGCUGGAUAUGGAUCCUAAUGAUGAGCCCGAAGAAGAUGGUGCGAAUAUUGAUUUGGAUGCACAUCGAAAGGGUAAAUGCGCCGUGAUCAAGACGUCCACGCGGCAGACUAUCUUCCUUCCACUCAUUGGUCUUGUUGAUCCAGCCACUUUAAAACCUAGUGACUUGAUUGGUGUCAAUAAAGAUAGUUAUCUUGUGUUAGACACAUUACCAGCCGAAUAUGAUUCGCGCGUUAAGGCUAUGGAAGUUGAUGAGAAACCCACAGAAGAUUAUAAUGAUAUUGGUGGACUUGAUAAACAAAUUGAAGAACUAGUCGAAGCCAUCGUAAUUCCAAUGACUCAUGCUGAAAAAUUCAAAAAUUUGGGUAUAAAACCGCCAAAAGGGGUUUUAAUGUAUGGACCUCCAGGAACAGGAAAGACUUUAUUGGCCAGGGCUUGUGCCGCACAGACUCAAUCCACAUAUUUAAAAUUGGCAGGACCUCAGCUUGUUCAGAUGUUUAUUGGUGAUGGUGCAAAACUUGUACGCGAUGCCUUCAAUCUAGCUAAAGAAAAAGCGCCUGCUAUUAUCUUUAUUGAUGAAUUGGACGCAAUAGGAACCAAGCGUUUCGAUAGUGAAAAGAGUGGAGAUCGUGAAGUUCAACGAACUAUGUUAGAAUUGCUUAAUCAACUUGAUGGUUUCAGCAGCGAUGAGCGAAUUAAGGUUAUAGCGGCUACAAAUCGUAUUGAUAUAUUAGAUCCAGCGCUUCUACGGUCUGGACGUCUCGACAGAAAAAUAGAAUUUCCACUUCCAAAUGAAGAAGCACGCGCGCGUAUUCUUCAGAUUCAUUCUCGUAAAAUGACAGUAAGUCCCAAUGUUAAUUACGAAGAAUUGGCGCGCUGCUGUGAUGAAUUCAAUGGUGCGCAAUGUAAGGCUGUGUGUGUGGAAGCUGGUAUGCUUGCUUUAAGACGUCAAGCUACCGAAUUGAGUCACGAAGAUUUUAUGGAUGGUGGGUAA